GAAAGCUCGAGACGCUGAGACGCCGGAGUCUUUUUACGCUUGGACUCAGGGCCCGGAAGUGGCGAGGGCGGGGUUAGCGCUGCGGGGUGAAAUCGGCUAGCCAGAGAAGAUGCUGCUGGACCUGUCGGAGGAGCACAAGGAGCACCUGGCCUUCCUGCCGCAAGUGGACAGCGCGGUGGUCGCUGAGUUUGGGCGAAUUGCGGUGGAGUUCCUGAGGCGUGGCUCUAACCCCAAGAUCUACGAAGGCGCUGCGAGAAAACUCAGCGUGAGUAGUGACACUGUCCAACAUGGUGUGGAAGGAUUAAUACACCUCCUCACUGAAAGUUCAAAGCUCAUGAUUUCCGAACUGGAUUUCCAAGACUCGGUUUUUGUUCUUGGAUUCUCUGAGGAACUGAACAAAUUGUUGCUUCAGCUUUAUCUGGACAACAGAAAAGAGAUCAGAACUAUCUUGAGUGAACUGGCACCAGACCUUCCCAGUUACCACAGCCUUGAGUGGCGACUAGAUGUACAGAAGAUGAAUCCGGCCUCGGCGCCCCCUCCGCUCCCGCCACCCGGGCAGCAAGUGAUUCACGUCACUCAAGACCUAGACACGGACCUCGAAGCCCUCUUCAACUCGGUGAUGAACCCCAAGCCCAGCUCGUGGCGGAAGAAGAUCCUGCCCGAGUCGUUCUUCAAGGAGCCUGACUCCGGCUCGCACUCGCGCCAGUCGAGCACCGACUCGUCCGGUGGUCACCCUGGGCCCCGACUGGCCGGCGGCGCCCAGCACGUCCGCUCGCACUCGUCGCCCGCGUCUCUGCAGCUGGGCACCGGCGCGGGCGCUGCGGGCAGCCCGGCGCAGCAGCACGCGCACCUCCGACAGCAGUCCUACGACGUGACCGACGAGCUGCCUCUGCCCCCAGGCUGGGAGAUGACCUUCACGGCCACUGGCCAGAGGUACUUCCUCAAUCACAUAGAAAAAAUCACCACAUGGCAAGACCCUAGGAAGGCGAUGAAUCAGCCCCUGAAUCAUAUGAACCUCCACCCAGCUGCCACUUCCACACCAGCGCCCCAGAGGUCCAUGGCCGUGUCUCAGCCGAAUCUCGUGAUGAAUCACCAGCACCAGCAGCAGAUGGCAUCCAGUUCCCUGAGCCAGCAGAGUCACCCUCCUCAGAACCCCCCAGCAGGGCUCAUGAGUAUGCCCAAUGCGCUGACCACGCAGCAGCAGCAGCAGCAGAAACUUCGGCUUCAGAGGAUCCAGAUGGAGAGAGAGAGAAUUAGGAUGCGUCAAGAGGAGCUCAUGAGGCAGGAAGCCGCCCUCUGUAGACAGCUCCCCAUGGAAGCCGAGACUCUAGCCACGGUUCAGGCUGCCGUCAACCCACCCGCCAUGACCCCAGACAUGAGAUCCAUCACUAAUAAUAGCUCGGAUCCUUUCCUCAAUGGGGGGCCAUAUCAUUCGAGGGAGCAGAGCACCGACAGCGGCCUGGGGCUAGGGUGCUACAGCGUCCCGACCACUCCGGAGGACUUCCUCAGCAACGUGGAUGAGAUGGACACAGGAGAAAAUGCAGGCCAGGCACCCAUGAACAUCAACCCUCAGCAGACCCGGUUCCCUGAUUUUCUUGACUGUCUUCCGGGAACAAAUGUUGAUCUAGGAACUUUGGAAUCUGAAGAUCUGAUCCCCCUCUUCAAUGAUGUAGAAUCUGCUCUGAACAAAAGCGAGCCUUUUCUAACCUGGCUGUAAGCAGUACCACUGUAGCUUGGAUGCAGCCGUGACCUGACAUUUCCUGGGCCUCUUGGAAAAAGCGAUGGAGCAGAGCAAGUCUGCAGGUGUGCCGCUUACUGCCUCCGUGACGCAUGCUCCCUCCUUUCCUUGUGGCCAGUUUAAUCAUUGCCUGGAGUUGAUUGAUAGUAACGUAAGUUAAACAUAAAUAAACAUUCUAUUUUCAUUUUCUGCAAGCCUGCCUUCCUGUGAUGGGUUAUGCAGAAUUGUUUCAGCAGAAUUGAUUAUGCAGAAUUGCUUCUCUGCUUUCCUUUCUGCUGCCCCAUGACUAAGCUUUAUGGGUGUUAGCUGAAAUUUAUACGUCAAUUGAUUAUAAACCAUGAAAAGCUGACCACAGGCAGUGACUUCUGACAGGCGGCUCGGUCCAGGAAAUGUACACAAAAUUCAACCUGAUUUACAGUUUCAAAAACUGUAUUGAUGACAUUAGUACCAAAUGCUUUAAAAAAUAUUUAACUUGAGCUUUAAAAAUCAUUGUACAGAUAGUAAAAUUCUGCUGUUUGGAAUACAAUGUAGUCUGGGAUCCAUGCUGGUUCUGUUGGUUCUUAUUACCCUGUAUUCACAAAGGCACACACAGUCCUAUUGUAGUUUAUCCUUUAGCAUUUUACUGCACAGCAUCUAGCCAGCUAGUCCUUCCAGCAGGAGAGUAACAGCAGCGUUAGUCACAGCUCCUACACUAAGAUCUUAUGAAAGAGACCAGUUUGGUACUAAUUAUGAACAUCUAUUAAACAAAGGUUUUUAAAAUUACAAGUUGGAUUUUUUGUUUUUAAACUGCAGCUUAGAACUCAAAUGUUUAUUUUAUGAAGCACUAUCAUUUUGUAGCUGAUGACAAAGGGCAGUCAAAUGUUUUUGAUAAAUCAGUGACAACUGUAUCUCUGUCUUUUGAAACCGUUCUGAAAACAUCAGGACCACGUAGCUUUCAACCUGAUGGCACACGCAGUAAGCUGUUGCUUUUAAACUUCCAAAGCCUUGUCGGUUUCGCUUCUUUCAAGAUUUCAAGGGUUUAAAGUAAUCUUAUCUAUGAAACUGUUUGAAGGAUGAAGCAGAUCUCUGACUGACAUGUAAAAAAAUGCCCCCUGAGGGUGUAUGGUGGAGACAUGUUUCUGAAGUCACUAAUGUUGAUUCCUAAGUAUAUUAUCCUAACCUUGUUUGCUACAGUUGGUAUAAAAAGGCAUGAAAUAUGUACUCAAUACCUCUUAUGUAACCAAAACCGUUUUUUAUUAGCUUUUAAGGACUGAGAGAGAGCAUUGGGUUUGCCUGGCAUGCACCCUGCCUGCAUUGCCAAUGAAGUCCUCAACUGUUUAAUAUUUUGAACGGACAUUAUUUAUAAUCUAUGAAUUUAAUAUCUUUUUUUGAGAGACAUUAAUAAUGCAGGUCUCUGAGAGGAACCUUUCCAUUCCCGAGGGGCUUAUUUGCUGGGGAUCUGAGAUCCUUUUCGAUCUACCAAAAGAUAGAUGGCAGAAUACAUCUUAUCUUGUUGGAAAGAAAGCAAGUGUAAAGGUCAGAGAUGAAGUAGUAAAGUUAGGGAAUAUAGUGGAAAGGCUGUUAGGUGUGAAAUGGAAAUAGACAAGCUAUAGUACCCCAAAAGCAAGACGAGCAGGAGGUAUGAGGUGCCCCCAAAGAGCAAAGCAACAAUUUUCUCCUACAGUCUUUGUACCAAAAGACUGUUGUAGAAGGAAAGAAGGCUUCGGUGCACUUUAUGUGGGAGAAGGAGGGGCAGGGCUAGUCUUGUCCUGUCUACGCUGAUGUUAAGUGUGUAGGCGGACAAGACCAUAAACCUACCAUUGCUUCCAACACAAUGAAGUGACUUUUUUCCCCUGAAGGACCCAUGGUUUCUGUUCCUCUGAUUCCUUCUCUCUCUCUCGAAGCGCUCUGAGAGAGAUGGGGGUAGAUGUUUCUUUAGCUACUAAAUUGGAGGGAGCACUAUUUCUUUUCCUCUUGUGUUAGCAAUAAUUGCAAAAAGCAUUGUACAUUCUUUCUAAGAAAAAGCAAAAAAAAAAAAAAAGACUCAGAAACAAGGGACCUAGUAAAACUGAGCAGUGUUACUGUAUUUUUAAAAAAUAUUUUUAUAGACUCAUUUUCAGGUUAUUAAACAUAAAAGAAACAGAUACCCCUCUCUUUUUAAAGCAGUUAAAACAUCGAUGAUUUGUAUUAUCAAUUUCUAGACGUAAUUUCCUAGUAAGCUUGUGGCAUUAGAAAAUACUAGAAGAAUUUUUUUAGUGAAAUUAGUUGGAACAUUUAUUAAUGAACAUAACAAUUAUUUUUCCAGAAUUAAAUAUGGACCCUGACUAUGUGUUUACUAAUAAAUGAAGCCAGAUAUAAUUUUUGUUGUUAUUUUUCAGGCCAUAAAAUAUGGCCUUUGUUAAAGAACACUAAAGCUAGAAAUCUAAAGUAAGAACAACUAUUUAAAGGCUCUUUCCUAUUAUUGUAAGUGUUAAAACCCCUGCAGAAUUCAUGAUAAGGUGCUAUUUAUACUAUAUUUCUUAUUAUAAAAGAACUGCCACAAUAUCUCAUCUUUUUAGUCCUAAAUCAGUCAAUAAAUUUCAACAUUUCAUCCAAUAAUUUUGCCAGAGAAAAGGCAGAUUAAAAAUUGAAAUUGAAAAAUAAUUUCAGAGAUCUUUCAAGGUUUUUAUUCCCCCUGAUAAAACACAUUUUCUUGAAGUAACUACAUUGUCAAAACCUAUUUGCAAUUCUAUGAAAUCUUAGUAAUUGUUAGCGUUUCACCAUAGAAUUUAGGAUGUGAAAUGCCAUUUCUUUUCACUGGUUAUACAAUAUACAUGAAAACAGAGUAAAACAUUUAGCUUGCUGGGAUGCUGCUGUCUCCAGCUUGGGAGAAAAGCUCUCUGUAGAAGAAGGUGAUCUGGAGUGAGUUCUGUUGGCGACAAGUUGUGUUCUCAUGACAUAAUUGGAAAGUAACUUCCGAAAGUGCCACUUUUAUGAAAAAUAAAAGCUGUUAAAAGGAAAUUGUAGAUUAAUUUAAUUGGGAAAAUGGGUGAUUGACAGAGACCGUUUCCCUAACACACUACAUCAUUUAUGUGUUAGUAUUGUAACUUUUAAAAAAAAUAUUUCUACAUUUUGUAAUAUGACAUAUGUGUGUUUAUUUUUAAUUUAGAUUGCUAUACAUACAGAAAGUAUGCAGAAAAAUCAGUCAGCUCAAACCAUUUUAACUGGAGUUUGGUACUGGUUUUUACUUCUCUGAUUCUGUAUAAGAAAAAUAAAUACAGUUGAAUUUCCA